AUGAGGACAGAUCUUCAACUCUACUGCCUUUUCUCCCUUCUACUCAUCAUCGUCGUCUCCGCCGCUGAAGAGAUUCCCCCUCCGGAUCUGCCUCUCGGAGGCUACAGUCCAAUAACGAACCUAAGUGAUCCACAUGUGAUUGAGGUGGCGCAAUUUGCUGUGAAGGAACACAACAUGCUAGAUGAAGGCCACAAGGUCAAGUUGUUGAGCAUCCUUAAGGGGUGGACUCAGGUUGUUGCCGGCCUCAACUACCGCCUUAUCAUCACUGCCAAGACGCUAUGCAGCCACGCCGAUGUCCACCGUUAUGAGGUUGUGGUGUAUGAAAGGCCUUGGCAACAUUUCAUGAAACUCACCUCAUUCAAUCAAACUACGGAAUAA